GGGAGGAGUAAGCCAACAGCAAGUCAGGUGGAGAAGAGGAAGGGAGAAGACACAAGUCUCGGAGCAACGAAGUGCAUGAGGAUAGUGGGAGACAGCAAGAGAUGGCGAAUACACCAGGAGAUGAGGGGACGGGGAGGUCCCCUCCACCAGGUCCGCAAGAGGAAAGGGACUACUGGGAGGAUGAGGAUAGGAUUAGGAGCCUAUUGACCAUGUGCUUUGACGAUGGUGUAUAUCCCAUGAAGAUUGAUCCAGGGGAGAUGGUAAUUGAAGGAAGACAAGCAAGAUUUAAACUUAAUACGUCUCUUGACGAAAUCAAGGUGAAAUGGCUCAAAGAGCGGACGGUGACGGUAAUAUUUAAAGAGGCGGCGAGGUUCUUGGCGAAGAACGUGAAGGAUGACCUGGUGCGGGCCUUCGAGGAUGGUUGGAUCAUUGGAAAUACUAAUCUGCAACAGAACACCCGAAGAGGAAGACUAAAGAUAGAAGGUCCAGGAGUAGCUUCGUAUGUGGCGAAGUCAAGGGAGGUGGCAGACUAUAUCAAAUCGGAGGGGCAAGUGGAAAUAACCCUAGGUACAGACAAGUAUAAAAUUUUGUUUAAACCCUGGAUGACCAGGCCAGAAUUCAGGGAAGAGAGAAGACAAGAGGAGAGUAGAACGUUUUGGGUUAUGGCCAUGCAAGUACCGUUGGAUGAUAUGCCCUUCAUCUAUGCUCAAAUAGAGAAGGCUAUCGGGAAGAUUAUUCUAGCGCAUCCAACAGACGCAGAUCCAUCAAGACCAGCUUUGGUCAAUGCGAGGUUUGACUUGGAACUGGAGGCGCGACCGAAUAUGAAGGAUGUGCUCUGGGUGGAGACCGCGAAAGGGGAUCUUCUGGAGAUCAAGAUGGCCUGCUCAGACACCCUCAAAUGCAGCAAUUGCAGACAGUUCUUCCAUUCGGAGCAGGACUAGGGUAGCAGACAUGAGGCACGACGGGAGGACAGUAAACUAGGUGGAGCGAGUUCCAAGACGCCGGGGAAACAGAGAAGGUUGAGCACAGCCUCACAGGUGCCCCUUACUCCGGAACCUUCUGGAAGCUCAAGACUCUCCAGAAGUGGUUCAGAACGUUCGGUUGCACAGGAGGAAAGCCUAGCCACCCCAGAUCAAAAAUCGACAAGGGAUAAGCAUACCGCCACAACGAAGGACCCGAGCUCAGAGAUGCCGCAAUAUGUCGUGCCACUUGUCUGUACGGCGUUGAGAGACACCCAAUGGGUGGUCACAUGGCAGAAGGAGGCGGAGGCGUGGACAAUCUUCGGGCAUGCAGUCUCGGAUGUCCCGACUGUUGUAGAUAUAAUAAAUCUUAUGAGGAUGCUGUACUUAAACAAGUUCCCGAUGAGAGUUAUUCCAGAUGUCACCAUGCCGAGAAUCCUGACGGGUCCCACAGGAAACAAGCUCAAGUUUUACGUACCGCUGGUGGAUGCGAGACUGACGGAGGGGAUGUUAAAGGAGCUGGAACCACUGGGCCUUCGCUCGGUCCCACUGUCGACCUUUGCGGAAGCAGAAAAGCAAGACUUGGCGCGGUUGACGAUCUCUCCGCUGAUGCUAUCCGCGGAUGCUCUGGUGGAACUCAAGAGCAGGUUGCCGAAAGGGAAGAAAUUGGAUUCAGCUUUUGUGAAGGAUGCUCUGAUGAGCAAUUGGCCAAGUGAUGCGUCGAAUCAAGCCCAUAUCCAAGCACUCCAGGGGACUGGAAGCAGAAAGGGUUCGGGGAUACGACAGGGAGAAGCAAGAGGGCGAGGGUAAAGUCGUGGAUGCACGAAAAUAAAAUUUCAAUAAUAUG